CUCAGAAACCUCCCAGAUCCUACUGUGAAAACAGGACAGCAGUUUCAGUCAGAGCCCCCUCGAGUGCAGGUGGUCCUCACUACAUCAAGGGCUGCGUGAGCCACUCUGGACUGUGAUGAGCACUUCAGUUCCCAGCUCACCCCAACCCCCCCCCCAUCCCCGUCACGCAUUUGUCAGCACCCAUUGUCAGUCUCUCCCUGGCUCUUCUCACCUUUCUGGGUCCUGUCGGCCAGCUGCUGAUAUGAAUGGGAGCACAAUUCCAUGGCCUGUGUAGAGAAACUGAAUAAUUCACAGCUGACCCGUGUGUGUGACAGCCAGCCUCCUUGUGCGCUCUGACUGUCAGCCUCCCUCAGGGGGUCCCGGUCAUGACUGCCCAGCAGCUGAGCACACAGGAAUUGUUGCAUCUGGGAACCCCACAAUUGUAGCAGAUGAACAAGGACGUCAUUGCACUCUGAUCCCUAGAGAGAGAGGCCAUGGCUCCUUCCCAGCCAGCCAGGAAAAGCAGUGGGAAAAGAAAAGGACACGGAGCUUCCCACUCUGAGUCCAGGAGUGCAGAUAAGAAAGCAGAGACUGGGAAAAGAGAUAAGGUGGAAGAACCUAGACCUUUGAAUGAGCACAAAUCCAAGAGUCACGUGGGAAAAUCCUCCAGAGACGAAUCUACAAAAGAAGAGAUGCGUGACACACAGAAAAAGAGAUUCAAGGAAUUGCCUGCUCACAGCUCUAAGCCCGAGAAGAGUGAACCCACCAAAUCAAAGCCAACAGAAUUGAAAAAGGACUGUAAAGCAGCAGCAGAUAAAAGCAGAAAAGAGCUAGAGAAGACAAAAGGAAGUAAGGGUGGGAAGAAAGAGCCGAGCUGUGAGAGGCAAGUAGAGAGACGGAUACAAAGUAAUAAAGAACUAAUACAAAAACAAAAGUCACCAGAGGAGAAACCUAAAGUAGCUGGGAAGCAAGAUAUUAGAAAAGAGAACACAAAUGCUGUGGAGAUCACAGACAGGCUGACAAAGGGAAACCCAGAGAAGGCAGUGAAGCUAAAAGGUAGUGGUUUAAAAUCCCAAGCCAAGGAAGCGGCCAAGAAUGUGGUCAACCUGAAGGAAGAGCUUUGCAAGGUCCCAAAAGGAGGGGAGACCCAGGAGAUAGAGGAAGAAUCAGAGGAAGGCAGCAGCACAGAGACUGAGGAAGAGGAGGAGGACAGUGUAAUGGAGAGUUCAGAGGAGGACAGGGAAGAGUCCAAGCAGAGUGAUCAGGAGGACAGUGAUACUAAGUCUGAUGGCAGUGAGGAUUCUGAAGGGACGGAAGAGAGCAAAGCCAGUAAAACCAGUGAAAGUGAUGAGAGCACAGAAACAGACAGUGAGGAGGAGGAGGAUGAAGAGGAGCAAAAGCUGAGGAAAGAGCCAAAGACAAUAGAAGGGGAACCGAUAGAAGAACCCAGCAGCGAGGAAGCUGAAAGCAGUGAGGAGGAGGAAACAUCAGAGUCACCUCAGAAAGAAACCAACUCUGGGGAAGAUAUGAAAUCAGAUAGCAAGGAAAUACAGGAUGAUAAUAUCGAAGAACCUCCAAAGGCAAGCAAAAGCACUCCCUUGGCCAGAAAGGACAUGCCACUCAAGUUAACAACGAAACUACUAGGUGGAGUCAAGGUGAAGUCCAAGCCAAUGCAAAAUAAAGAAUCAUCUCCCGUUGAGAAAGAGACACCACCAGUACAGACCACCAAGGUGAAAGGGAUUGCUCUUAGGCAGAAGGGUCAAGUAAAAAGUAAAUCUCCGAUACUUCAGGUGGCUACAGUGGCAAAGAUCUCCAAAGGGAAACCAGAUGUAGGGGGAAAAAAGAAUGAGGAGCUGGAAGUUCCUUCCCCAAAAUCCCCACAAGGUCUUAUGCUGAGACAGUCUCAUAUGAUCUUGACACUGAGGACCAAGAAACGAGAGGCUAAAGCCAGACUCACAUCCACACAGCAACAGAAUUCAAAGCAAGAAGUCAAUCAAGAUGUUUUGGAUGCAGGUUCUGUAAAGUCUUGCAGUAAAUCUGUUGUAGAAGAGCAAGUGCAAACAGGUGACCAAAGAACCAGUAAAGGAGACACUGAAGAGAAACAGGGCACUGGUCAUCCUCAGAAUUUUGGACUGAUGCUUGGAAGGGUAAAGAUUGCCUCUGUUCGGUACCAGGCUAGGAGGAAGCGUGACAAGGCAGCAGAGAUUACUGAGGUGCCUCCAGAGUCAGUUGCUGGCUCAACUGGCAAUCUUAUCACCAAGAGGAAAGGGAUGACUACAUUGCGCCGUGUAUCUGGCUGGAUUCAUCGAAAGAUCCCCAAGAGUUUCAAUCUGAGAGCUAAGCUGGCUUCAGUGAGCCGGGCAAUUGGUAUCUCAGGCUGGCUGUCUGCCAGGGCAAAGAAGAAGAACUGCAGCAGCAGCAAGCAGAGUCGGUUCCGUAGGAGGGUGGCAAUCCGUCUUGCUAGCACUGCCAGUUUGGCAGGCAAAAGAAUCCACAUCCAGGGUCCCAAAUCUGAGCCAGGGCCAGAGGAGGUGGAAUCCACAGGGAAGACAGGCUCUCAAAGGAGAGAAGAUCUCACAGGAGACUGUGAAGACUCUUCUGAUUCCCCUGCAGAUGAUCCAAAUUCCCCACCACCACCUUCUGAGAGCCUGAGUGAGCCAGAGGAGAAGGCCAGUCCUGGCGAUGCAAAGUAUGCCAUUGUCUUCCCAAGGGUCCACAAGAUUAUCAAGUCCAAAGGUGCAUCACCCACCGCCAGUACCAUCGAGGAGCCCCUUCGAACCCCUCCUAAGCCUGGGGCCCGUUUGGUGCUCCCAGUACAGCCAGACCUCACACUGUUGAAAUCCUGUAAGAAGAGUUUCAAGACAGGGGAUCCCACAAGGCAGAGCAAUGUGGAAAAUAUAGGGGAGAGGGAGCAAGUCAGGGAGAGGAAUACAGGGUUAAGAGGGAGAAAAGUGGAAACCAAAGAUGCUUAUAUGAGCAAAGAAGAAAGAAGACCUUCUCAGUUUAAAGUGGCAAAGCUGAUGUCUUCUAAGCCAAGCAGUGGAGGAGAAUUUAAGCUACGCCAAAGGGGAACUGAGGGCAACCGAGAAAAGAUGGCAGGAUUUUGUGACAACGAAGAUGCAGAAAAAGAGGUCCUUCUUUCUUCUUAUUAUGAGGAAGAGGCCGAUCAAGAAGUGGCCCAGUUGAUGGGUGAAGUGAUAUAUCAGUCCUCUAUGGAGGUGCACUGGGCCCAGAGCCGUUCACUACGGUGCAACCCCGAGGACUGGCUGCGUGCUGAGACAUUGCUGCCUCACCCCACGGUGGAGAACCUCAGCAAGUGGGCCAUGUACAAGGACGCUGAGCCUCCUCAGCCCCCAGCCUCAGGAAGCACCUGGGAGUCAGAAGAUGCAGCCGAAAACCUCCUUGAAAGCCGGCUCUCCAGUACCCAGGUUCCAGUCCCAGGGAGUGCCCACUCUGUGGAAGUGGAUGCAGUCGAGGAUCUGUCCCAGUUGGAGGAGGUAUGUGAGAGCUCAGUGCUUCUCAAUCUGAAGAAGAGGUUUCAUCGAGACACCAUUUACACCUACAUUGGGAACAUGCUGCUGUCUGUGAAUCCAUUCAAACCACUGAGGAUUUACACAGAGGAGAUUAGCCAGCAGUACCAGGGCAAGGAGCUGCAGGGCAACCCCCCGCAUGUCUUUGCCAUUGCUGAUGCUGCCUACUGUCAUUCCCAGAGCUCUGCACAGGAGCAGUGUGUUGUCAUCAGUGGUCAGAGUGGUUCAGGGAAGACGGAGGCAGCCAAACUGAUUGUCCAGUACCUGAGCACUGUGUACCAGGGCAAUGUGGAGGGCCUGCGACAGCCCACAGAAGUUCUGCCAAUCUUGGAGAGCUUCGGGAACGCCAAGACCAUCCUGAACAACAAUUCCAGCCGCUUCGGGAAAUAUCUGCACAUCCACAUUCGACAUGGGCUGGUGGUUGGGACCUCGCUGUCACAGUAUCUCCUCGAGAAAUCUCGUGUUGUAUUCCAGGCCAGUAGAGAGAGGAACUAUCACGUGUUUUAUGAGAUGCUGGCCGGAUUGAGUGAGCAGCAGAAGCAGGAGCUCUACUUGCAGGGCGCUGAGACCUACUACUACCUCAACCAGGGGGGGGCUUGUGAGCUGGAAGAGAAGUGGGACGACCAAGACUUCCUACUUCUGCUCAGAUGCUUGGAGAAAAUUGGCCUUAGUGAAGAUCAACUGACUAUCACCUGGGCCAUCCUGUCCUCCAUUCUGCAGCUGGGCAACAUCUGCUUUAGCUCUUAUGAGAGCGACUCGUAUGAGCUGGCGGUGAUCUUUAAUGAUGCAGAGACGCGGAUUGUCAGCAGCCUGCUUCAGAUCUCGGCGGACGCCCUGCAGAACGCCAUCACUCACCGCAUUACGGAGACAUCGUAUGACAGGAUCUACUGCCCCCUGUCUGUAGAAAGUGCCAUUGAGUCCAGGGAUGCCAUCUCCAAGGCCCUGUACUCGGUGCUGUUUGACUGGCUUCUGGCCCGAAUCAAUGAAUGGCUUAUCCCCUCAGAGAUGGACAGCACUGUGGGCAUUGUGGACAUCUAUGGGUUCGAGGACCUGGGGGUGAACAGCUUUGAACAGCUCUGUAUUAAUUAUGCUAACGAGCAGCUGCAGCAUUUCGUCAACAAGGCGGUGGUCUCACAGGAGCAGGAAGAGUAUAGCGCAGAGCAGAUUGAGUGGUAUCCAGUACCCCUGCUGGACUGUCAGUCCUGCCUGGACCUCAUCUGUGCUCGACCACAUGGUAUCCUUAGAAUCCUGGAUGACCAGACCAGCCUACCUCAGGCCACAGACCACACUUUCCUGCAGAAGUGCCACUAUCACCAUGGAAACAGCCCCUUCUACACAAAGCCCAAGAUCCCCCUGCCCGUCUUCACUUUACACCACUACGCCGGCGCUGUGACCUACCAGGUUCACAAUUUUCUGAAUAAGAACCAUGACCAGUUUCGUCCUGAAGUCCUGGAGCUCUUCGCACGGAGCCGGUUGAAGAUGGUCUCCACGCUGUUUAUGAAGGUACAGGAAGGCUAUGCGCAGCAGAAAGAGCUGGGGGUCAGGGGCAAAGGUCACCGCCAGCACCCCCCCACUGUGGCGUCUCGGUUUCAGCAGUCACUAUCCGAGCUGACCGCUCGUCUGGAGAGGUGUAAAACAACCUUCAUCCGCUGCCUCAAACCAAACUCCAAAAAGCUACCUGGAAUAUUUGAUGUCGAUUAUGUGACCUUGCAGCUGAGGCACGCUGGGAUUUUGGAGACCAUCCACAUCAGGAAAGAGGGCUAUCCUCUUAGACUCUCCUACUCUUAUUUCAUAGACAGGUAUGGUCCUUUGUUGCCAGAGCGUCCUGCACACUUGUCUGAGAGAGAACAGUGUGCCGCCCUGCUGGAGAGACUGCCAGGUGCAGAACCAGGACACUAUCAGUUCGGGCUCACCAAGGUGUUCCUGAAGGAGGCCGUGCACCAGAAGCUGGAGGAGCGCUGGAGCCACACCCAGACCUGGGCAGCCAUCACCAUCCAGAGGAACAUCCGCGGCUUCAUCUGCCGCCGCAACUUCCGUUUCUUCAAGCAGAAAGCCAUCACCAUCCAGGCCCACAUCCGCGGACACCAGGCCAGGAGGUACUAUAAGAGGCUGAAACAGUCCUUCAACCAGUUCUGGGCUACCAUGAUGAUCACGAGAAACACCAUCAAAAGGAAAUGCUGGAAGGAACACACAGAGAAGAAUCAAGAGAGGUCCCGAAGCAGAGCCAAGCCUGCCACUGCAGGGAUGGAUGUUAGUGUACUAGAGAUUCCGGCUGAACUCUCUGCCCAGCUGCGGACUGCUGAGAGGCGGCAACGUGGCUUGGAGGGCAGGGUGACUGAAGUAGCGCCCCCACAGGUCAAAGCCGAGCACAGCCUGUCCUUGCCCCAUGACAUCAACAGCCACCCCUUUUCCAAAUACGCCAGUUCCCAUCUCAAGGAUGGCUGGCUACAGUCCCAGGACUACCCUCUUCAGAGUCCCCUAACCCCUCUGGAUCCAGAAGAUGCCCGCAGUGCACUGGAAAUCUACAAACUGAUCCUGCGGUUUGUGGGGGCUGCAGACCUGCGGGACUGGUGGAUGAUGAUCUUGGGGAACUACAUCGUUAAGCGGGGUCUGGAUCGCCCCCCGCUGCGGGACGAGAUCCUCUGCCAGCUGGUACACCAGAGCUGGAGCCAGGCGGACGAUGAGAGGAGGCUGCGGGCUUGGCUGCUCCUGGCCACCUCCCUGGGUACCUUCAUGCCCUCACCAGGCCUGGACAAACCCCUGCUCAAGUACGUGUCGGACCAGGCCCCGGGGGAGUACCGCUCAGUCUGCCAGCACAAGGUCCUGACCGGCCUGCAGCACCCGGCCCCUGCCUGCAGAGAGCAGCCGCCCACGCAGCUGGAGUGGACAGCUAAUCACAGGAAAGGAAAGAUGGUGCUUGAUGUUCACACUUACAACGAAGAGUCGCUGACAGCAGAAGUGGAGUCCUGGACCACAGGAGAGCAGCUGUGCUCCUGGGUCCUCCACUUCAGGGGGUUGCCAGAGCCCCCUAGGGGCUGGUCACUGUCUCUCUUCACCGGAGAGGACUGGAAGGACAUGGCGGGCUGUGACUUUGUAAUGGACCUGAUCGGGGAGGUGGAGGCCAAGAGCUCACAGAUACAGGGCCCUGUCCCCGACUACCUCUUUACCUCUGAAGGAGACAUGGACAUGACCUCAGACCUGAAUGACUUCAUCCCUCCUGCACCAACCAUGCAAGCGCCCUCACUGCCCCCAGAUCUGUACCCCUCAGAGCAGGGCACCUGGGAUGCCCAGACCUCCUCCUCUGGUUAUGAUGGCUAUGCCCCCCAGAGACGCCCCCCAGGACAUAUGGACUCCUAUCUGGAUAACCUGUUUGAUCCUGUGCUUGGCCAAGGGCCUCCGGACAUGGAGAGAGCAAGCAUGUUGAACCACAGAAUGAAAGGAGGAGGAGGGAUAGGCCCUACACAGCCUGGGAUGUUUCCUACCACAGGUGUUCCAAUGACUAUGCCUGGCUACCCUAUGGGUAUGCCAGUGACUCCACAAAUGCCCGCUUACCCCUCCAUUCCACCAAUGGGUGGCAUGAUGCCAGUCAUGCCCUCUAUGCCAGUGAUGCAACCAUCUAUGAUGAUGCCUGCGGCUGCCCCUCCAGCUGUGCCAGCCUUGGACCCCAGUCAAGUGGCAGCACAACAGCAGGCCUUCAUCAACCAGCAGGCUCUACUCCUGGCUCAGCAGAUGACCCUCCAGGCAAUGACCUUGUCUCAGCAGCAGCAGCAGGAGCAGCAACGGCGACAGCUGCAACAGCAGCAGCGACAACAGGAAGAUCAUCAGCAGCAGAGACAACCGCAGCAGCAACCCCCGCCACCCCCCACUGCCCCCAAAACAAAGACCAGUAGGAGCAGGACCCCUUCCCCUAAGCCCCCAUCUGUCCAGCGGAGAAGCCCAGAGCCUGAGGUGGUACCAGAACUUGAUCUGUCCAGCCCCGAACAGCUGGACUCCUUUCAGGAGAAGAGAGAGUUUUUCCAGAGGAUUGGUGCCCAGGAAGUUCGUGUGGCAAAGAUCAACCCUUCUUUCAAAGCCAGAAGGUCCCAGACACCUCCUGCCAUCCAAGUGGAGCAGAAAGACCCUCCUGAAACACCUCCAGAGCCUCCUAAUCUCCAGGAGACACUAAAACCAGAAGAAAAAGCAGCUGAAAGACCAGAAAAGAAAGAGGCUAAGAAGGAAAGCACAAAAAUAUCUGCAAAGAAGAAUCCACCAGCCAUCGCCCCUAAACCUGAGCCUAGCCGUGAGAUUCGUGAGAUUAUCAAACAGUACCAGAACCGUCCUAUUCCAGAGCCAAAACCAUUUGAGCCUGUCAGAGUGCCUGCCAAGUGCUUUGUAAAGAAGAAAGACCCCAAGGAGGAGGCAUUGGCCAUUCUGAGGAUGCAGGGACCUGCUGUCCCACCACAGCAUGCUAAAAUCGCUUUUAAUCUCAGUAAGGAAGAUGUGAGAGGAUCUUCAUACAGAUAG